AUGCCCCACGAUAUUGAUUCAGAGGAAUCUGACAUAUCAUUCACAAAUGGGUUAUUCCCAAGUUUAAACAAAGGGAGGAAACAACUGGAUGAUGAAAGUAUAGAGUCAGGUUCUAUAAGUCAUUUGAGGGAUGUUUUCCGAAAUCAAAGUGUAAUUGAAACAGACUCAUCAAUAAAACCACAACAAAGUCUGGUGUCUUUAUCCCCAACAACAACAUCAAAAGAUGACAACUAUUCAAUUCAUUCAAGUAUCAUCGAUGAUAUGGCAAAAAAUUUAACAUCUUUAGAAAAUGAUCGAUUCAAAUACAUACGAUCUUAUGAAAAAUUACUGAAAUCGAAAAAGACUCAUUUAUCGAAUCAAAAAAUACUACAUAAUAUGAAAUCAAAUACUGAUAUACCAUUACAAACACUAAAUUCAAAUGGGUCAUCAAUUUUUGAACUUUCAAGGUUGAAUGAUUUCGAUAAAUUUGUUAAAGAGACAUCUAUUAAUGAUCAAAUUCAAGGGAGACUAUUGCAUAAACUACCUAAACAUGAACAAGAACAACAAAUUUUAAACAUAGUUCAAGAACAAGAUUUAGGGCAGAGAUUUUAUGCUGGUAAUGAAAUCUCAAUUGAAGGUAAAAGUAAUAAAUUAAAAACUCUUUUCAACAAUAAAUCAUCAAAGAAGGAGAAAGAAGAACCUGAAUUUGUCACUAAUAGCGAAAUUAGUGGAUUAUAUUAUCCAUCAACUGAUUCAACCAUAAAGAAUAAUUCACAAUAUUUACAUAGAUCAUUGAAAAUACGACAUCUUCAAAUGAUAUCAUUAGGUGGAACAAUUGGUGUUGGAUUGUUCUUAAAUUCAGGUAAAGCUAUAAAUAUUGCAGGAGGAUUUGGAGCUGUUCUAGCAUUUAGUAUUGUGGGAGUUGUUGUUUUAUUUACUAUGAUGUCCUUUUGUGAAAUGGUGACGUUUGUUUCAGUUAUAGAUGGAGUUUCAGGAUUAAGUUCAAGAUUUGUAGAUGAUGCAUUUGGUUUUGCCACUGGCUGGGUUUAUUUCUUAAGUUUUGCAUUUGGGGUAGCGGGAGAGAUAGUGGCUGGAGUAAUUAUGUUAUCAUACUGGCCAUAUUUGAAUACUACAACAAAUAGAGGUUCAACAACAGGGUUUGUUACCUUAUUUUUAUCUUCAAUUCUAGCGAGCAAUUUGAUUGAUGUGAGAGUGUUUGGGGAGAUAGAAUAUAUUUCAAGUUUGAUAAAACUACUCUGGGCAGUAGUUAUGAUGUUUUUUAUGAUUUUAUUAAAUAGAGGAGUAAUUGGUGGUGGUCCAGUUCUAGGGUUUCGAUAUUGGGAUAAACUGAAAUCAGAUUUUGAAAAUAAUAUUAUUUUUGGAUUAUUUAGACCUACUUUUAAUUUAUAUGAUAGUGGAACAAACCCACCAACUGAAGGGAUUGGUGGUAAUACAGGUCGAUUUUUAUCAUUAUUAACUGCAAUUUUGGUGGUUUGCUAUGCAUAUAGUGGUACAGAAAUUGUAUGUAUCGCUGCAUGUGAAGCUAAAAAUCCAAGAAAAGCUUUACCAUCAGCUACAAAAAGAGUAUUUUGGAGAAUUGUAAUAUUUUAUUGUUUAUCUGCAUUUUUAGUAACAUUAAAUGUUUAUGCUGGAGAUCCAAGAUUACUUAGAUACUUACUGGGUAAAACUGGUAUUGAUAAAUCUGAAUUUGCUACUAAUAUUGCUAUUCAAUCAGUUGGUGGUGCACAUUGCGCACAGGAUUCAGAAGUAUUUGCUGGUUAUGGAAGUGGAGCUCAAAGUGCAUGGAUUGUAGCAUUACAAAGUGCUGGAUUAUGCCGAUUGAGUAAUGCAACUAAUGUAUUUUUAGUAUUUUUUGCAGUGAGUUGUGGUAAUGCUCAAUUAUAUGUCAGUUCAAGAACAGUUUAUGCCUUGGCUUUACAAGGAAAAGCUCCUAAAUUUUUAACUUAUUGCAAUAAACAUGGUAUACCAUAUAAUGCAGUAUUAUUAGCUGGAUCUUUUGGAUUAUUAUCUUAUACAUGUGUUUCCGAAUCAGCAACAGUUGUAUUUCAAAAUUUAAAUAGUGUCAUUGCAUCAUCAGGUAUAUUUGUUUGGUUUGCAAUGUGUUUAACCUUUAUUAGAUUUUAUUUUGGUUUGAAAAGAAGACCAGAUAUUUUAAAAAGAACAGAUAAAUCUUAUCCUUACAAGUCAUUUGGCCAACCCUAUAGUGCAAUUGUUGGAAUGUUAUUAACUGCAUUCAUAAUGUUAAGUAUGGGGUUUGUUGUAUUUUUAAAACAUGAAUGGAAUACUAUGUUUUUCUUUUCUAGUUAUGGACCACUAAUGACAUUUGCUGUUUUAUAUAUAGGUUAUAGAAUGGUGAAGGGUUCAACCAUACCAAGUUUGGAUAAAUUAGAUUUUGAUAGUGGAAGAACAGAGAUGGAUGCAGUUAUAUGGGACGGUGGAAACGAAUAUAAUAGAAAGAGUUUGAAAGAGGUUCUUUGGAAAUGGAUUUCAUUUUUGGCAUGA